AUGGUAUCGGCACAUAAUAACCCAUGGGCGAAAAGAGAUGCUUGGAGAUAUGAAGGUCAAUUUAGCAGACUCAAUAGAUUCAAAAACGCAUUCCCCGGGUUGGGUAUAGCUAUUGUUGCAUUCACGGCAUAUGUUGGCUUUGAAAAGUUGGUGUUGAACAAAGGUAAGGGAGAACACGGACAUGAACACGACGAACAUCAUUAG